CAUACAGCACCUACAGUUUCGAGUGAUUCAUCACAUGCAGCACAUACAGUUUCGAGUGAUUUAUCACAUGUAGCACCUACAGUUUCGAGUGAUUCAUCACAUGCAGCACCUACAGUUUCGAGUGAUUCAUCACAUGCAGCACCUACAGUUUCGAGUGAUUCAUCACAUGCAGCACCUACAGUUUCGAAUGCUUCAUUACAUACAGCACCUACAGGCUCGAAUACUUCA